UUAUCUUAUCUCUUGCGUGGUAAGAUUGCUGGCGGUAUCUGUGAAAGGUAUUAACGAUUCUUUGAGAGAUAACUCACUAAAAAAAUUUUGAAGCAAGAACGCUAUUUACUUUUCUAAGAAAUAAGAUUUACAAUGACUGAGUGUGAAACAAAGAGUGCCCUCAGUCCUCAAGGUACACCGUAUGACAAGCUGUCACAUUUUGUUAAUGUUGAUGGACAGCAUCUAUUCACUAGGAAUUGGGAACCAUCAGAGGAAAUCGAAACCAGGGCUGUUGCUUUAAUAUGUCAUGGAUUAGGUGAGCACUGUGGACGUUAUGACACGCUAGCAGAGGUUCUGGUUGCUAAAGGCAUCUGGGUGUAUACCCAUGAUCAUGUUGGUCAUGGACAGAGUGAAGGCAUUAGGCUGGAUGUCACAGACUUUGGAAUUUUUAUAAGAGAUGUUCUACAGCAUACAGACAUAAUCAAGGAGAAACAUCCUGGACUUCCAAUCUUCCUGAUUGGUCAUUCAAUGGGUGGUACAAUAGCAAUAUUAACAAUGAUUGAAAGAAAAGCUGAUUUUGCUGGAUGUGUCUUGAUUGGAGCUGCCAUAGUAAUAAACCCAGAUGAGGCCACACCAUUUAAGGUGUUUCUAGCGAGGGUUUCAGCUUAUCUUUUCCCACAGUUUGGCAUUGCGGCACUGGACCCCAAGUUGUUGAGUCGUGAUCCGAAACAAGUUGAAGACUAUGCUUCAGAUCCUCUGGUCUACCAUGGAAAAAUCAAGGCACGUAUUGCUUCCCAAUUGGUAAAAGGAAUGGACAAUAUUGCCAGUUUCAUGGGUGGAAUUGAAUGGCCUGUUUUAAUCUUACAUGGUGAAAUGGACCGAUUGACUUCUAACGCUGGUUCCAAGUUGCUGCACGAGAAAAUCAAGUCGAAAGACAAGACUCUAAAGAUUUACCCUGGAUAUUAUCAUGUACUUCAUCGUGAAAUUCCAAGUGACGCUGCAAUUGUCAAGGAAGAUAUUGCCAGUUGGAUUGAAGAGAGAAUAGACAAGAAACCUGCAGAAGCGAAUGAUACAGAUACAGUAGUGGAAGAAAAGAAGGAAACAAACAAGGAAAAUGAUCAGGAAACAACAAAGGAAGAACCAACAAAAGAUUCCCAAGUAGCGGAGUCAGCUAAAGCAGAUAAUGAUGUUGGAGUUGAGGUUAAACAUGAAGAAUAGAUCUGUUCUAUGAAAGAAUAUACCGUAAAACCUUCAAUUGAAGCCCGAUGGGCUUAAUCUCGAGAAGAAGCCCAUUUUGAACUGAAGCCCUUUUUAGUUUUAGCCUCGGAAAGAAGCCCAUGGGCUCUUUUCAAGAACGCAUUGGCUUCUAUCCAAAAUAGUACUGUACAUACAUUGUACA